AUGAAGUCCUUCGCCGCCAUCUCGGCCCUUACGGUCCUGACCGUCGUCACGGCGAAGCCCACUGCCACUGAGCGCGAGGCACCCAUCAAGGCCCGCUCUGUCCCCGCCGUGGAAGUCUCCGGCAAUGCUUUCUAUGCUAACGGCGCUCGCUUCUUCAUCCGUGGUAUCGACUACCAGCCUGGUGGCUCGUCCGAGAAUGUCGACCCCCUUGCUGACACCACCAUCUGCGGUCGUGAUAUUCCCAAGUUCAAGGACCUCGGCGUGAACACCAUCCGUGUCUACAGCGUCGACAACUCCAAGGACCACAAGGAGUGCAUGCAGAUGCUCGCCGACGCUGGCAUCUACCUCGUUGCCGACGUUAACAACCCCCUAUACUCCAUUAACCGCGCUGACCCCCACCCCUCCUACAACGCCGUCUACCUCCAGAGUGUCUUUGCCACCGUCGAGGAAUUCGCAAAGUACGACAACACCCUGGCCUUCUUCUCCGGAAACGAGGUCAUUCACGAUGAAGCCGAAACCACCUUGACCGCUCCCUACGUCAAGGCCGUCACCCGUGACAUCAAGAACUACAUGGCCUCCCGCGGCCUUCGUCAUAUCCCCGUCGGCUACUCUGCCGCUGAUGUUGCCGACAACCGCAUGCAGAGCGCUCAGUACUUCAACUGCGGUAGCGACGAUGCUCGCAGCGACUUCUUCGCUUUCAACGACUACUCGUGGUGCAGCUCCAACUUCAAGGAGUCUGGCUGGGAUGUCAAGGUUAAGAACUUCACUGACUAUGGUAUUCCCAUUUUCCUGUCCGAGUACGGCUGCAACACCAACGUCCGUGACUUCGGUGAACUCGAGGCCUUGAUGAGCAACGAGAUGACCAGUGUCUACUCGGGAGGUAUGAUGUACGAGUACUCGAUGGAGGCCAACAAGUACGGCAUCGUCCAGAUUGACGGAGACAACGUCGAGGAGCUCAAGGAGUACGCCAACUUCAAGAGCGCCUUGUCCAAGUACCCUGCCCCCACCGGUGACGCCGGUGCUGCCAAGACCUCGCACGCUGCUGCUUCGUGCCCUACCUCCGACAAAGUCUGGAUGGCUGACCCUACCAAGAUCCCUACCAUGCCUCAGGCGGCCGAGAAGUACAUGACUGAGGGUGCCGGUGAAGGUCCCGGCUUGAAGGGCGAUGGCUCCCAGACUGCUGGCGACAGCGCUUCCGAUGGCGACACUACUGGCGGUGUUCCCUCCCCCACCGCUUCCGGCGGCAGCUCUAAUGGUUCUCCCAACGCUGCUGCUGGCAUGACCUUCGGUGGUCCCAUUGAGAAGGCCCCCUUGGCCAUUGCUGGUCUCGCCGCCAUGUUCACCAUGUUCGGCGCCUUCUUGUUGUAA